AUGGUUUCCAAAACAAAUCGAAAUCAACGUCAACGAGAUCGCAAAGCAGAGAAAGAACAUUUGUAUACCGAAUUAUUCGCAACAUAUGAACCAAUUCAUCCAUAUCCUCUUCAUUUUGUUCAUAAUGCCGCAACAUGUAAUGAAUUAAAAAUGUUCAUUGAUACUGCUCAAACAACAACAAAGUUCGUCUUUGAUACCGAAUCGAAUUAUUUAACAAACUUUUCAUCAAUAAUUCAAGUCAUGUUUAUGAAACAAAUUCAAGAAAAUUCUUUGGUAUUAAUCAUUGAAACCGCACGUUUGCCUGUCGAAUCGUCAUAUGAAUUUCUUCAACUUAAACAAUCAUUUUAUUUUAUUUUUCGAACUUUCCAAUCCACAUUAAAUGACAAUGAUGAUCAAGAUAACGCUGAUACAUUAAUAAUUAAAGCCCCUGCAUUCGAUCCGAUUAUAUUUUUACAUCCAAUUGCAAUCAAUAAUAUUAAAAGAUCAAGAAACGAAGCUUGGAGCAUUCAAGACGCAACAGCUUAUAUUUUAAAUCAAUAUCUACCAAAAAAAUUUACGUUACGGCAAUGGUUUAUUGAAUUAGAUGAACGCAUAUUAAAUCGAAAUAAAACAUUUUCGUCUACAUAUCGUAGAAACAUGAUCAGUUAUGCUGCAAACGAUUUUACGUCUUUAGCCGUUCAUUUGGAAGAUAUUACAACAUCGGAUGAUGAAGAUAUGGAUUAUCCAAUGGUGGUUCAUGAUAUAAAUAAACGUCAUUCAAUGAAAAAUGAAAAUGCUGAACCAUAUCAUCAACAGUUACACGACGAUAACUUACUAACCAUUAACAAUGAUUCAAAUCUUUUAAAUGAUUAUAUUAACAUCAAACAUAAAAUUCGUCAACGUCGAACAAUGCAAGCACAAAAGCGAAGAAACCAAAAAACAAGCAUCAGACAUCGAAAAAAUCGUUACAUUUAUGAAAUAAUGAGACCGAUCAAUAUGUCUAUCAAGCUGGUGAAAAACAAAUUAAAAGAGUUUGGUAUUAACUAUCUUAAUAUUAAUAUACGGCUUGUCCAGGUAACGCGCUACUUCAGUGAUGAGGUUUUGAUUUCAAUAUUCGAAAUGAACCUAUAUGCCACGUUGUAGAGCAUACACGAAAGUGUAAGAAAGUGUAUUUUAUUAAUCAAAAAAUUAUCGCUGUUAGUUUUUAAAAAUGAAUGCAUGAUGUGUUCAUAACUGCAUGGUCAAUUGCAGUUUUUUACUGUUGCUCUGCGAUCAAUGGUGCACAUUGAUGUUUUACUUCCAGAGUUCAAUAUCAAAAGUUUUGUGAGCUAUAUAGAGCAGCCUUUCUUUUGAUUAAAGAAUAAGUUUAAAUAAUAUUCUUCUGCAUGGAAAAAUUCUCAAAAUAAAACUUCAUCAAUUUUACUGCCACAGCGUUACGAAAUGGAUCUUAUUUUCAAAUUUGAACUAGUAUCUUACAGAAUAUAAUAAAACUCACUAGUGGAUCAUUGCUAACUUUUUAUGGUGAUUUUGACACUCCUUUUUAUUUAAAAAAUAUUUUCUUUUGGGGUAGAUAAACGUAACGUUGUGACACAAACUUCAUAUUUUGUGCUAUUUUUACUUUAAAUAAUUGAGAACUAAUUUCAAUAUUA